AAAUUCUGUGCGCACCUGCCGUGCCCUUCACGUUCAAGAUGGUGGUCUUGAGUGUCCUUAGGCCCUCCAUUCAGGGGGGCCGUUCGCUUCUAUUGAGGGCCUGUACGCGGGCACAACUGCUUGCAAAAACAUCAAAGACACCCACUACAGUUGUAGUCCGGCAGAUGGGGGACCAUAAGAAGACCUUGGAAGUUGUGCCUUCCCGCUUUGAGUGGGAGCGAUGGAAGGAUGACAUGCAUUUCUUCAUCAUUAUCGGUAUGGUACCAAUGCUGGCACUGAUCUUCUAUGCCAAUGUCUUCGUAGGUCCUGCUGAGCUGUCCGACGUCCCGGAAGACUAUGAACCCAAACACUGGGAAUACCACAAGGGUCCUAUAGUACGCUUCUUGGCUAAGCACGUCUAUGAAUCGCCAGAGAAGAGAUACGAAAGGACGCUUCAUAUCUUACAUGAACAGAAUGAGAAAAGAAAAUUCAAGCAACUUGACAAGAAAGUUAAGGAUCUCAUGAGUUCUCGUCAGGACUACAAGGGCUGGUACUAUGUACCCAUGGAUAAAUCCCGUAUCGACCGUGCUAAGGAGGCGACGGAAUACGACAUCAAACUACAUGGAACAAGAUAACUCAAGUGAUGCUAGGCAAUGACACUUGAGUCUGGGCACUGUUUCCGUAAGGUCAUUGUUGAGGAUUCCACCUCGAUUUGAUAACCCUGAUUGUGGUUAAAGAGAGCAGGUCAAGACUGGUAGAAUUUAAACAUUUAGAUGCUUCUGAAUGUGAAGGAUCUCCUACUUAUCUGAACUAUACACAUUUUUCCAAUCGGAUGAAUUGGUCCAUGACCGAAUUGUUUGCAUGUAGUUUCCACCGUUACAGAGGGAGGAAUCAUUUUGUGUGAAAGUGGUAGAUGUUGCUUUCUUUCAGGAAGUGCCAUUCUGUAUAUAUAUUAAAAAUUUAAUGAGGG